AAAGACUGUUCAUUGUAGAGUUGACCGCCGUGCAGUAUGGAACGUCCCGGUACCGUUUGGCUGUUUUUCGUACUGUUUGCACCCGUCCUGGCGUCAGCCGGGAACCAUGCCUUCGAGGUCCUCCGCACGGCAAACCAACGCUAUCAAGGAUUCGACUUUUUCGCCAUCGAGGCGCGGCUGCCAGCAGACGGUCUGUCUGCCUCGGAAAACUGGUGCAGAGAUUAUCAAAACCUGUGUGCGGAUUACGGGCUCAGACCAACCGGCUGUGGGGAACUGUACACGUAUGGGGCCAACGCUGAUGAUCGUUAUGUACGAUGCGUGACUGAGUAUAACUCCGACCCUUACAUCAACAACGUGCUCGGCUGUAACCCGUCCCACCAUGUAGCUGAGGUGGCGAACUUGGCUUUCUCAGCGGGAGCUACAUGGACUAGGAGUUUCGGCUUUCACAGAUGUGAAACCAGCGACUGCCAGCGCGGAAUAGUCGAGAGUCAGGACAGUCUGUACUACACAGACGCCGCCUUUCCCGGAGACAGGGUUGUGUAUACCGUGUGUAGAGGCUCGGCAACCGCGUGCCUGAGCAAUCCGUGUAUGAAUGGAGGAACGUGCCAGAACCAGGGGGACGGGUACAACUGUAGCUGUGUCACCGGUUUCUACGGAAACAACUGUGACGAAAUAGACGAAUGUGCAAGUAGCCCUUGUAUGAACGGAGGGAGGUGCAUCGAUGGAGUGAACAGCUACACAUGUCAGUGUCCAGCUGGCACGGCCGGAGAUAACUGUCAGAUAAAUAUAGACGAGUGCGCAAGCAACCCUUGUUCUAACGGCGGAACGUGUGUGGACAAAUUGAACGGCUACUCCUGUGCAUGCCCCAAAGGUGUUGCUGGUCAAUACUGCGAAGCACUUUUGGAUGAAGGCGGAUGUUACCAGUUUUCCACCAUUGCCGUCUCUUAUGAUGACGCGUCCAAUUCCUGUGGGGCGGAUGGAGGUUUCCUGGCGGAUGUCAGGAAGGCCCAGCAGCAGCAUCUCAUUGGCCAGAGCAUCGCUGCCUCGAGUGACGUCUCCCACUGGAUAGCUGGGAAAGUUCUGCCGGUUACUCUCGCAUACAGCGAUGGAUCAGGCAUUUCAGAUGAGUUACAGUUUUCGUCCAGCGAGCCAGCCACACCCUGUGACCUGUGUCUGCUGUUGGACAGCUCGGACAACUAUCUGGCUCGGACCACAUCAUGCACAGAACUUCACAAUUAUGUCUGCCAGUCGGAACCCAAGCCAUGUGGACAAAAUGUUUGCUAUAACGGAGGAAACUGUACCUCGUGUUUUGACGAGGCAUACAACUUCUGCGCAUGCCCCGACGGCUUUGAUGGCAAGCUUUGUGAGACAGAUAUUGACGAGUGUGCCUCGUCUCCGUGUCAAAAUGGCGGACAAUGUGUCGAUGACGUCAACUCGUUCCGCUGCCGGUGUCCUACAGGGUAUAGUGGAGACCUCUGCGAAAUAGACAUUGACUGGUGUGCGAACAGUUACUGUCCGUUCGACUGGACCUGUCAGGACGAGAUCACCCACUUCAUCUGUCAUGCGCCAGAUACCGGAGUGAGAGGCUCCUACAGGUGCACCAGCGACUCCUGUCCGGACGGCAUGCGCUGUGUGCUGGACGGGCCAGGCGCCUUCUCCUGCAGGAUCGGAUGAUGGCGACCGUGAAGCCCUGAAGAUUGAUGAACCUUGUACCUGCUGAGUGUCAAUAGCGUAUUGAAGCUGGCGGAAAUUUUCUAUAUCAUCUACAGUCAAUGAAUAACUCGAAGAAUUCGAACAAUUUGAUUGCCUUGAAUGUUAGAGUACAAAAGAAAUAGGAUUUACAUCACUUACGAAAAAUGAGAAGGAAAUUCUAGCCUUUGCAUCACAGUAAGAAUCGUUCCUAAUGUAUGUGUUGCCUUAGCGACUUUAAUGUGUCAUUGAAAUGAAUUGUAGUGAGAACUUCAAAUUACGUAUAAGAGACAGAAUACUUUCUUUCUUCUAAAUUGUUGGUAACGUUACGCUAUAUUGGUUAGCCUUGCACUUGUUAUUAAUGAACGUAGACAUAUCAUUAAUAUUGUUUUAUUGAAAAAAAAUAAAAGCUUUAUUGCUGCAGUGAGAAAACA